GUAAACGAGGCCUAGAUUCAAUCAUUUGUAUACUUGGCUCAGUCAUCCUAGCCAGUUGACUUUCCUGAUCGGAGAAAGGCGGGCAUGAAGAAAGUGGUACUGGUGACCGGCGCUUCCGGUUUCUUAGGCGGCAGGCUUUGCCACGCGCUUCUCGACCAAGGCUACACCGUCAAGGCCUUCGUCCGCAAGACCAGCGACAUCUCCGCCUUGCCUCGGCCUAACGACGGCGGCGUUUCUCUCCAGCUCGCCUACGGCGACGUCACCGACUACCCAUCGCUUCUGGAAGCAUUCUCCGGCUGCCACAUCAUCUUUCACGCUGCCGCGCUUGUCGAGCCCUGGAUUCCUGACCCUUGCAGAUUCUCGUCAGUUAAUAUUGGCGGAUUGAAGAACGUAUUGAAGGCGUAUAAGGAGACACCGACAGUCGAGAAGAUCAUCUACACGUCGUCGUUUUUUGCAUUGGGAUCGACUGAUGGGCUUGUUGGGGAUGAGAAACAAGUACACUCUGCCAAACAUUUUUGUACUGAGUAUGAGAAAUCAAAGGUUGUAGCGGACAAGAUAGCAUUAGAAGCUGCCUCUGAUGGAGUGCCAAUAGUGCCGGUAUAUCCUGGAGUUAUAUACGGUCCGGGCAAAGUCACAUCUGGAAACAUGGUCGCCCUUUUGCUUGUGGAACGCUUUAAUGGACGUCUCCCAGGUUACAUGGGCCAAGAAAACAGCUUUUCUUUCUGCCAUGUGGAUGAUGUGGUGCAAGGACACCUUGCAGCUAUGAACAAAGGCCGGCCGGGUGAAAGAUAUCUUCUGACAGGAGAAAAUGCAUCUUUCAAAGAUGUUUUUGAUAUAGCCGCAGUUAUCACUCAAACAGCAAAGCCUCGUGUUCGCAUUCCACUUUUCCUCAUUGAAGUGUAUGGAUGGUUGUGUGUUCUUGUCUCAAGAAUAACUGGGAAGCUUCCUCUAAUCAGUCCCCCGACAGUUGACGUUCUCAGACAUCAGUGGGCGUACUCUUGCGAGAAGGCAAAGUUGGAGCUGGAUUACAACCCUAGAAGUCUGAGAGAAGGUCUUUCGGAGAUGCUUCUCUGGAUGAAGAGCUUGGGCUUGAUCAAAUAUUAGUUACUUGUGUUCUGAUUUCAUUUGUACUGGACUAAAUGAUUGUGUUGCCUCCUAUGUGACAUGUAACAUUUUAGUGUCCAAAUGGUUGUUGUCUUAAAAAUUAGGAGACAAAACGUGUGACAAAUUUGGGGCCAAACAUAAAAUUUGGGAGCUAAAGAGGAAGUUAAAUAAUAUUCCUUAAGUGGAAUGAACAUUAUUCAUAUGUAUUAGGUAUAGGUGGACUAGAACCUAUGUUGUUUAAUCCUAUGGGGAGUCCUACUUUAGUACCUCUUUAAGGUCUAUAUUGUAGCCUAUAAAUAUACAAAGUCUCCAUCUUGUAUCACACACUACUUUGAUGUGAGAUUACAUGUCGUACGCUUGAGUAUUGGAGAGAGAGAGAUGGUAUUUCACAAGAUUUUUUUUUCUUUCCCAA